GGGGGCCGCACACAGGGGCUCCACCGCCUGGUACCGCCAGGAGCGGGGCCCGGUGUGCAGCUGGCCGCGGAAGCCGCAGCCGCCCGAGCCCCGCACCAGUUCCCCCGGCCCAUGGCCCUGGGCGCACCACCCCGAGUUCCGGCUUCCCGAGGGGGCUUGGGCAGGCGGCCAACGCCGGGCCGGCAGCCCUGCCUCGGCGCGCCCCCUAGGCUGCGCCCUCGAGUUGCUGAACCACGGCAACCACGCCCAGGGCGUCGCGGAUUCUCGCUCCGCUCCCCGGAGCCCUCGCCCACCCCGGCCCAGGAAGACGCCCCUUCGCAGGACGGUUCCCUUGUCCUUUGGGGAGGAUUCUCCAAGACGGUUCACCACAUGGGCCGGCUCAGAAACGCCAGGAUCCACGUGGAGAGAGCUGUGAAGAAGAAGAUCUUUAUGAUCCAAGGCCGCUACCCUGUGAUCCGGUGCCUCUUGCGACGCAGGGGCUGGGUGGAGAAGAAGAUGGUCCAUCACUUGGGUACCACUCUGCCGCCACAGCUGAAGGACCUGGAUAGCUCCGUCAUGGGUGACAGUGACACCACUGAGGAUGAGGAUGAAGAUGAGGAUGAGGCAUUCCAGCCACCACAGCUGCUCGACUUCGAUGAUUUAUUGGAAUUUGAUGACCUACGUGGGACACAUGAUCUGAUGUCACGCAUGGUUCGGAACGAGAUCCCCUACUUCAUCUGGACCACUCGGCGGGACGUGCUGGACUGUCGCUUCCUCUUCAAGGAUCAAAUGAUAAACCACUAUGCCCGGGCAGGCUCCUUUACCACAAAGGUGGGUCUGUGUCUCAAUCUCCGGAAUCUGCCGUGGUUUGACGAGGCCGAUGUGGACUCCUUCUUCCCGCGCUGCUACCGCCUGGGGGCUGAGGAUGACAAAAAGGCCUUCAUAGAGGACUUCUGGCUGACAGCUGCCCGCAACGUUCUCAAGCUGGUGGUAAAUUCCCAAGGGAAGUCGUAUUCUAUCCAGGCGGACGAGGAAGAGGCCCCAGGAGACAAGCAGCCCAAGAAACAGGAGAAAAGGCCAGUGAUGGUGUCCCCAGAGUUUGUGGAUGAGGCUCUGUGUGCCUGCGAGGAGCACCUUAGCAACCUGGCCCACAUGGACAUCGACAAGGACCUGGAGGCUCCGCUGUGCCUCAGCCCUGAGGGCUGGUCCCUCUUCCUCCAGCGCUACUACCAAGUGGUCCACGAGGGGGCAGAACUCAGGCACCUCGACACUCAGGCCCAGCGCUGUGAGGACAUCCUGCAGCAGCUGCGGACCGUGGUGCCCCAGAUGGACAUGGAAGGAGAUCGCAACGUCUGGAUCGUGAAGCCGGGAGCCAAGUCCCGCGGACGAGGCAUCAUGUGCAUGGACCACCUGGAGGAGAUGCUGAAGCUGGUGGAUGGCAACCCCAUGAUGAUGAAGGAUGGCAAGUGGGUGGUGCAGAAGUACAUUGAGCGGCCCCUGCUCAUCUUUGGCACCAAGUUUGAUCUGAGACAGUGGUUCCUGGUGACUGACUGGAACCCACUUACUGUGUGGUUCUACCGCGACAGCUACAUCCGCUUCUCCACACAGCCCUUCUCCCUGAAGAACCUGGACAGCUCCGUGCACCUGUGCAACAACUCCAUCCAGAAGCACCUGGAGAAUUCAUGCCAUCGGCACCCGCUGCUGCCUUCAGACAACAUGUGGUCAAGCCAGAAGUUCCAGGCCCACCUACAGGAGAUGGGGGCCCCGAACGCUUGGUCCACUGUCAUCGUGCCUGGCAUGAAGGCCGCGGUGAUCCAUGCCCUGCAGACCUCCCAGGACACCGUGCAGUGUCGGAAGGCCAGCUUCGAGCUCUACGGCGCUGACUUUGUGUUCGGGGAGGACUUCCAGCCCUGGCUGAUCGAGAUCAACGCCAGCCCCACCAUGGCGCCCUCCACGGCUGUCACUGCCCAGCUGUGUGCUGGCGUGCAGGCCGACACCCUGCGCGUGGUCAUCGACCGGCGGCUGGACCGCAAUUGUGACACAGGAGGCUUCGAGCUCAUCUACAAGCAGCCUGCCGUGGAGGUGCCCCAGUAUGUGGGUAUCCGGCUUCUGGUAGAGGGCUCCACCAUCAAGAAGCCACUGGCGAUGUGUCACCGGCGGAUAGCGGUCCACCCCACCCUCCCUCACCUGCUGACCCAGAGAGGCUCUGGGGAAGGCAAGGACUCGGGGACCCUUCCGCACAGGUCAGCUUCUAGGAAAGUAGCUGGGGCCAGGAGCCUGGGGCACACUGAGAAGCCAGACUCCACUGCCACCACCUCGGCCCCUGGAAAGGGAAAGAAAGGCAAGGCAAAAAGUGCCACAGCCCUGGUCUGCCCCAAUCUCCAGAAGUGUGACCCCCAUGGCAUGAGGACGGGCCGCAUUUUCACCUUGGCCUUUGCUGGUGGGGACAGGCAUCCCCGCCCCUUGAACAGAUUGCCAUUGAGUCUGAAGAACCCCCAGGCCCUGGGUAAGACCACUCCCCCAAAACACCCCAGGGUCCCGAGGCAAUUUCUUCCUGCUCUCCAGGCCUCUCCUGACCGCCUGGAUUUGCCCCCACCCAUAGCCCCACCACACAGCCACCGGUACCAAGUAAAAGCCACCACUUCCAAAGUAUUUUUUAAAAAUCCACUGUCAAGUGAGUAUUGUCCCCUCCCAAGUAGUCACUGAGCAAGGCAGUUGUGCUGCCUUCUAGGACUCAGCCCCAGGCUGAUGUCUCUCCAGAGCCCAGAGCUUUUCCUGCUGCAGUGCUCUGUCUCUGCCUCCAUGCAAAGUCACCUCUGGGGGAGAGGAGCUCUGUUUGUACAGCACUUAGCAUUUCACACUGUGCCACUACCUACCAGCUCCGUUAGCCCUCACAAGCUAGCGAGGUAGGUGCGAUUAUCCCCAGCCGAGGUAUCAGGAAGUUUAAGGAAGUUGCCCGAGGUUGCACAGCUCAGAAGGGGCAGAGCUGGGAUGCAGCCAGCACCAGGUCUGUUGAACUCCAAACCCUGUGUGCUUCCCACGGCUCUGGAGGAGGAACCGGGAGGGCUCCAUGUGCCCGCACACGCCCCAGCCUUCGGCU